UUUUUUCAGAGGUUACUUCCGGUUAAGUAAGCUUUGCACAGCAACUUUUCCCUUACGAAUACAGACAAGCUGACAAGAACGACAGAUUUAGCUAUUACGAGAUAUAAUGGCAGAUUUUGGAUUUGCACGGUACGGAGAGGAUGAAGAAAAUGAUGAAGAUGAAUUCGAUCCACAGAAUCGACGGGGGAUGACAGAUGGUUUGAUAUUCCUGGUCGACUGUUCCAAGUCCAUGUUUGACGAAGGAGACGAUGAUGAAGAUAGCCAUUUUCAAUUGUGUUUAAAGUGUGCAAAAACUACCCUACAGAACAAGAUCAUCAGCAGUGAUAAAGAUCUGAUGGGCAUCGUUUUCUUUGGAACAGAGAAGUCAUCCAACCCCAGCGAAUUCAAACAUAUCUAUAUCUAUCAGGAAUUGGACCAGCCUGGAGCUCCAAGGAUAUUGAGUUUAGAAGACUUGAUAGAAGAAUCUCCAAAAGAUUUCUCCAAAGAGUAUGGUCACAACACUGGGUUUUCCUUACAUGAAGCACUGUGGACUUGUCAGAAUAUGUUCUCCAACAGUCCACAAAAAGUGAGCUCCAAAAGGGUGAUGUUGUUCACAAAUAACGACAACCCUCACGCUGCUUCCCAACAACUACAGAGACAAGCAAGGACAAAAGCGAGUGACUUGUCUGAGACAGGUAUUGACUUGGAACUGAUGCACUUACAGAAACCGGGAGAAAGUUUUGAUGUUUCUAAGUUCUAUAAGGAUUUAUUGUUUACAUCUGAUGAUGAGUUGACUGACCUUCCUGACCCGGCAGAGCGAAUGGAUGAACUUCUUAAUAGAGUUCGAACAAAAGACCACAAGAAAAGAGCCCUGAGAAGAAUUCAGCUAAGUCUGGGUGAAGGUCUCAGUCUGGGAGUUGGUGUGUAUGGAUUAGUGAGGUCCUGCCCCAAACCAUAUGGUGUUAAACUGAACAGGGAAACAAACGAGGAGCUGAAGAGUCACUCCAAGACCUACCUCAAGGAUACCGGUGAGGUACUCAUGCCACAGGACCUGAAGAAAGCCCAGACCUACGGUGGCCAACGCAUACUCUUCGAGAAUGAUGAGGUGGCUGAAAUCAAACGAUUUGGAGAAUCUGGAUUACAAUUGAUGGGGUUCAAGCCACGAAGUAAACUGAAGAAAUAUUACCAUGUGAAGCCUGCACAGUUCCUGUAUCCUGAUGAAAGUACGGUGAUUGGAAGUACCACUUUAUUUACGGCCUUACUGAAGAAAUGUCUGGAGCGAGAUGUGUUUCCCUUGUGUCGUUACAUCCCUGGUAAAAACAUGGCACCUCGUUUCGUGGCCUUACAACCACAGGCUGAAGAGGUCGAUGAACAUAAGGUACAAGUCACACCUCCAGGGUUCCAUGUUAUCUUCCUGCCGUUUGCUGAUGAUUUCAGGAAAGUAAAACUUGAGGAUGCUCCACGAGCCAAUACGGACCAGAUUGACAAGGCAAAGGAGUUGGUGAAGAAGCUCCAGUUUAAAUUCUCCAGUGAGAGCUUUGAGAAUCCUGUCCUUCAGAAAUACUGGAGAAACAUUGAGGCUUUGGCUCUAGAUCGGGACGCACCAGAGGAAAUGACUGAUUACACAAUGCCCAAUGAGAAAGGAAUGGAGAAAAGGGCAGGAAAGCUUAUUCAGGAAUUUAAAGACCUCGUAUUUCCAGACGGGUAUGAGCCAGGUGUUAAAAGGAAAGCUCCAGCAAGUGCUGCUGAUACUGCAACAAAGAAAGCUAAGAUGGAGGGAGCUGUGGCUUCGUUGGAUGUUAAGAAAGAGGCUCAGGAAGGGCGGCUUGGCAAGUUGACUGUGGCAGUUUUGAAGGAAUUAAUCAAGCGUGAGGGAAUCCCAGCAUCAGGGACAAAGAAAGCCGACCUAAUAGACUGUAUUAACAGUUACUAUGGCGUGUCAUAGAUUACUAUGGAUACAAGGGAUUGUAUAAACAGUUACUAUGGAUACAAGUGAUUGUAUAAACAGUUACUAUGGAUACAAGUGAUUGUAUAAACAGUUACUAUGGAUACAAGUGAUUGUAUAAACAGUUACUAUGGAUACUAGUGAUUGUAUAAAACAGUUACUAUGGAUACAAGUGAUUGUAGAAACAGUUACUAUAGUGUCAUAGAUUACUAUGGAUACAAGUGAUUGUAUAAACAGUUACUAUGGAUACAAGUGAUUGUAUAAACAGUUACUAUAGUGUCAUAGAUUACUAUGGAUACAAGUGAUUGUAUAAACAGUAACUAUGGAUACAAGUGAUUGUAUAAACACUUACUAUGGAUACAAGUGAUUGUAUAAACAGUUGCUAUGGAUACAAGUGAUUGUAUAAACAGUUACUAUGAAUACAAGUGAUUGUAUAAAACAGUUACUAUGGUGUCAUAUGUUACUAUGGAUACAAGUGAUUUUAUAAAACAGUUACUAUGGUGUCGUAUGUUACUAUGGAUACAGGUGAUUGUAUAAAACAGUUACUAUGGUGUCAUACGUUACUAUGGAUACUAGUGAUUGAAUAGUAGGUUACUAUGGAUUCAAAUUAUUGUGUCAACACGUAUUACGGUGUCGUAUGUUGCUAUGGGUACAAGUGUUUGUAUAAAACAGUUACUAUGGUGUCGUACGUUACUAUGGAUACAAGUGAUUGUAUAAAACAGUUACUAUGGUGUCGUACGUUACUAUGGGUACAAGUGAUUGUAUAAACAGUUACUAUGGUGUCGUACGUUACUAUGGAUACUAGUGAUUGUAUAAACAGUUACUAUGGUGUCGUACGUUACUAUGGGUACAAGUGAUUGUAUUGAAGAGAUUCUAUUGUUGUAAGUUGAUAAGUGAUUGAAUAGUCGUCGGUUGCUUUAGAUACAAGUGAUUGUAUAAACAGUUACUCUGAUGUCAGUGGUUGCUAUGUAUACAGAUGAUUGUAAUAGUUACUAUAGCAUGAUACAAGUUGUUAUGGAAUAAAGUGAUGCCAGCUUUUCUGUUACUGUUAACAGUGUUAGACAGUAUAGCAUCUAUCUUCCUUGAGGCUCAGUGAGACAAAGACUUUGUAGAGAAUCAUUGAGGCGCAGUGGGACAAAGACUUUAUAGAGUAUCAUUGAGGCUCAGUGAGACAAAGACUUUAUAGAGUAUCAUUGACUUGAGGCUCAGUGGGACAAAGACCUUAUAGAGAAUCAUUGAGGCGCAGAGGGACAAAGACUUUAUAGAGUAUCAUUGAGGCUCAGUGAGACAAAGACUUUAUAGAGAAUCAUUGAGGCGCAGUGGGACAAAUAUUUUAUAGAGAAUCAUUGAGGCGCAGUGAGACAAAGACUUUAUAGAGAAUCAUUGAGGCUCAGUGAGACAAAUACUUUAUAGAGUAUCAUUGAGGCUCAGUGGGACAAAGAUUUUAUAGAGAAUCAUUGAGGCUCAGUGAGACAAAGACUUUAUAGAGAAUCAUUGAGGCUCAGUGAGACAAAGAUUUUAUAGAGUAUCAUUGAGGCUCAGUGGGACAAAGAUUUUAUAGAGUAUCAUUGAGGCUCAGUGGGACAAAGAUUUUAUAGAGAAUCAUUGAGUCGCAGUGAGACAAAGAUUUUAUAGAGAAUCAUUUAGGCUCAGUGAGACAAAGACUUUAUAGAGAAUCAUUGAGGCGCAGUGAUACAAAGACUUUAUAGAGAAUCAUUGAGGCGCAGUGAGACAAAGACUUUAUAGAGAAUCAUUGAGGCUCAGUGAGACAAAGACUUUAUAGAGAAUCAUUGAGGCUCAGUGGGACAAAGACUUUAUAGAGAAUCAUUGAGGCUCAGUGAGACAAAUACUUUAUAGAGUAUCAUUGAGGCUCAGUGAGACAAAGACUUUAUAGAGUAUCAUUGAGGCUCAGUGGGACAAAGAUUUUAUAGAGAAUCAUUGAGGCUCAGUGGGACAAAGACUUUAUAGAGAAUCAUUGAGGCGCAGUGAGACAAAGACUUUAUAGAGAAUCAUUGAGGCGCAGUGAGACAAAGACUUUAUAGAGAAUCAUUGAGGCUCAGUGAGACAAAGACUUUAUAGAGAAUCAUUGAGGCUCAGUGGGACAAAGACUUUAUAGAGAAUCAUUGAGGCUCAGUGGGACAAAGACUUUAUAGAGAAUCAUUGAGGCUCAGUGAGACAAAUACUUUAUAGAGUAUCAUUGAGGCUCAGUGAGACAAAGACUUUAUAGAGUAUCAUUGAGGCUCAGUGGGACAAAGAUUUUAUAGAGAAUCAUUGAGGCUCAGUGGGACAAAGACUUUAUAGAGAAUCAUUGAGGCUCAGUGGGAUAAAUACUUUAUAGAGUAUCAUUGAGGCUCAGUGGGACAAAGACUUUAUAGAGAAUCAUUGAGGCUCAGUGGGACAAAUACUUUAUAGAGUGCCAUUGUAAUAGAAAAGAUAUUUUAAGAUAUUACGCCACUGUGUUAGAACGUUUUAAGAAAGACAUGAUUAAAGAUUUCCUGCUGCGA